CAUAGUGGCUAGAUUCGACUUUGUCCUGACUUUAAACCUUCACAUUGUCACCAAUUUUACUUCUCAUUCCACCACCACCACCGAGGAUAUCGAGGGACUUGCUAUACAUAGCACAAACCGAAAAUUGUUCCCAAUAAGUUUCCUCCUAAUUCGGCCGUAAAUUAAGAUCCGUUGAUAGCUACCUACGGUCUAUAUACUACCUGGGUUCUAGCUCACUUAAUACGCCUUGAGCACCUGUUAAUCUGUCAGACCUCAACUGUGCUUCUUAAGGGAGACCCCAUACGUCUACGAUGGCGGCCAACAUACCCCAGAAGCUAAAACAAGCGGGCAUCACGCCCUUCAUCGUGCGCGCUACGCAACUCGAAGCCGCGAAACCUGUUAUAGCUUAUUGGUGCUUCUACUGGGCUGUGAAUCAGAUCCUUGGUAAAAACCUACAUUCGGCCGACGAAGAAUGCCACCUUUUUACUACGAAUCUUAUGGAGAAACUCGAAAAUAUCAAGGAGGAUCAGGCAGGAAACGAUGCGAUCCACGACGAUGUGGCUGGUCAAGCGUACGUGGAGCAGUUUGCGCAAGAGACCUUCGAGAGAGCGCUGCGACCGCUGAAAGCCAAUAAAGUCACACAGCAGACAGCGAGUACAUUCGAGGCCGCAGCGACCUUCUUCCAACUAAUUAACAUCUGGGCAACACCCGAUCCGGAGACUCAAGAGAAGGUCAAGUACGCGAAGUGGAAUGCCGCCCGCAUACUGAAGGCGAUCAAAGAGGGGAAGGAUCCCAACGAGUCAAACCCGAAACAGGAAGAGCUUCAACGUGAAGAGGCGCCGCCGGCACUGGACCCGAACGACCCAGAUGUGCAGAUGUUUGGAGGUGCACAUCCCAAAACAGCGAGCGUAGAGGAUGCGCCCGACGAAGAUGGUAGACCACACCAAACAUCGACUGGAUCUUAUCAAACCUUCCCUGCGCCUGUAUCUGCGCCGACUUCACCUCCAGCUCCAUCAGCAUUAGGGCCCGACCAAGUGUCUCCUAUAGCGCCUCCCGGUCCGCCUACAUCAGACCCAGGAACCUAUUUUCCCAGCGCGCCCGGUGCCCCAGACAAUGACUUAAAUCUGCCAUCCACGACGAACAUGCCUCUUCCGGGCUCGAGCACCUUCGGUCCUGCAGGAGCUUCCCCCGUAAUACCCAAUCCUAGUUCUCAUGAUCCAGCCGGACUGCCUCCUGCUCCCUUUUCGCCACCAAACGCGGCCCCAACGCCUCAAGACUUCUAUCGUCCUGCGCCUACACCACCACAGAGGCAGGCUCCCCCCCAGGCACAACCAGCUAGUCGAAGUUACUAUUCACAGCCUUCACAGCCGGUAGCCCCGGCGCAACAGUACGGCGGUAACAGCGGGUCCUCAAAUGCGCUGAAUACUGACGACAUGGCGAUUGUGCAAGCACAGAAGCACGCCAAGUGGGCAAUUUCAGCGCUGAAUUUCGAGGAUGUGCCGACGGCAGUAAGAGAGCUGGAGGCAGCGCUGGCUAUCUUAGGGGCGCGAUAGCUAUGGGACAAAAGUUUAUAAUGCGAUUGAUACCAGUGGAGAUUAAUGGAGAAUUGAUAAAAUUACCUUGUUGUCAUACUGCAUGUCAUGUCGGCUUAUACCAACGUUAUUAGAUAGGUAACCUACCUUAGUACAUGGGUGUGUGCGUGAGACCUAUAUAAGACCGGCAUCAUUGUCUAAGAAUAAGCAAUUGAAUAAGAGCAUAGUAGUAGCGGUGUUGGAAUGUGUUUGCGAGAAAGUAUCUAGAUAGAAAUAAAGACCGUAUACGUGUUCACAUUGUCUUGAUCGAUUAAAUCCUAUAUCCGAAAAAAGAAAAAAAAGAGAAAAAAAGAA